UCGAGGAAACGAUCGAUCUGUCCUGCACAUGUUGGUGUUGCGUUCUAUCGAUUAGAGUUUGUAGAGUCGAAGUCCGGGUACGGAGGCGACCAUUGUAAUUUGUAAUGUCAACAGAAUAGUUUUAUUGUUGUUAGUGAGAUGCGCAACGUAACCUAAAAAAAUGUGGUGAAUAUCAACUUAUAAGUUUAAGAAAAAGAAAAGCUUGAGUAAUAAUAAAUUUGCCCAACAAUGGAGGAGAAAAAUGUAGCAACAGUUAACUUGGCCACUGAUGCAAAGGGUAUAAUUGUUCCAUACACUGCUGGAUGGACUGCAGAAGAUUUGUGUAUCAAGGUCUGCAAGCAAGUCGGUAUCGGUCCAGUGGCAAGACAUUUAUUUGCACUUAGAAAUCGAUCGACCAAGCUGUGGUGUCCUCCUGGACACAAACUGGAAAUUAAAGAAAAAUUGAAAUUUGACUUCAGGCUGAGGUUCAAACCGUCGAGUAUACAGAGGCUUAAACAAAUCGAUAUCAAAGCCUAUGAUUAUUAUUUUCUACAAGCUCGUACCGAUGUCAUGGAUAACAAGGUUUCGGAAAUCGUUUAUGAAAAACAUAAACGUGAAUUGAUCGGAUUGGGAGUAUGCGAUAUGUACAGAGUGAUGCUAGAAAAAGAUAUACCAAGAGAGAUUGUGGAAUCCGAUUAUAAGAAAUACAUUCCCAAGGAAUGCCUAAAGCGUCAUUCAUUCUUUGUGAAAAAACCCAUUCAUAAUGCUUUGGUUAGAAUAUCUGGUCACGACGCUGCCUAUGUAAAGGACCAGUAUUUAAAUCAAUUGGAAUGCAUGGCUCCAAAUUAUCUGUUGGAAGAAUAUAAGGCUUUGAUGGACAGAGGUAUACCUAAUCCUCCACGAAAACUUUUACUCCGAAUUAAUUCUAAGGAAGUCACGUAUACCGAUAUGGAAAAUAACAUUGAGGAUACUUUGUGUGCCAUAGAAGACCUCUGCUUCAUUUCCAUCAGGCACGAUGGAACGGUAGAAAUAUCUCGAAAGAAUGGGAUCCCUGCAAAUUUGAAGUUUGGUACAAAUGCUCUCUUACUAUCAUUCGUUUCUGGACUGGAUGGAUAUUAUCGUUUGGCUAUUAAGUGGACAUUUAAUUUAUGCAGAGAUCUCACAACGCCAAGUUUGCAAAAGCUUCAUAAAAUGAAGUGUCAUGGACCUGUAGGCGGCGAAUUUUCAUAUGCAAAAUUGGAAGAGAAACGUAGUAAUCGACCCGGCACAUUUGUUCUGAGGGAAAGUGAAACAAAAUACAAUGUAUUUUACUUGGAUGUAUGUGGUAAAGACAGCAAGCCACGAACAAGGAAGAUUGAUCAAUUGGGACCUGACGAAUUUAUUUUGUCUGAUAGCGUGCAAAGGUAUACGUCCCUUGCGCAAUUGGUCGCUGCUCAUCAAGACCCUGAUAAUCAACUUUUCCUCCGUGAAUGCCUGCCGCCUUCAGAAUAUGAUAAAUCACCGUUAUUAAUUUGUGCCAGUGAAAGCGGUGUGAGUGAUGUAGUUGCUGACGAAGAGUUAGUGGCAGAGCUUUUGAAAGGCGGUCCACGUUGCAUUCCACCUCAUGAGUUACAGGUAUACAAAGCACAACCUUUUCGUAAACACUAUGAGUCAAUAUCCGAAUCCAAACCACCGGCGACUACGUCAUACCGAGCAAUGUGGAGAAUAGCUAAAGGCAAAAAACUUGAAGUUGUGAUAAAAAUUCUUGAACAAGAAGAGUCGAGAGUCACUCGAGAAUUUUUCGAGCUGGCUGGCAAAUGGGGUCAGCUCAGAUCUACAGCGAUAGCUCGGUUGUAUGGAUUGACGCUUGCACCAGCUAUUGGAAUGGUACUGGAACUAGUGCGAUAUGGUCCGCUCGAUGCAUACUUACAAACACACACUUCACCACAAACAAUCAAAACUGUUGAUAUGGUGGAAGCAGCUGCAUGUCUCGCCACAGCUCUGUGGCAUUUGGAGGAAAACGGUGUUGUGCAUGGCAAUAUCAGGUGCAGAAAGCUUUUGGUACACACGCAUACUGCGAAUAGUCUGAUAGUAAAAUUAGCAGACCCAGGCCUGUUUGACUACACACAAGCAGAUGUUCAUUGGCUGCCACCCGAAUGUUAUGGCAAUGCAGAAUUAGCUAAGCGUAGUUCACAGGCAGAUGUUUGGGCUCUGGCAACUACCUUCUGGCAAAUUUUCUCCCGUGGCGCGCCUUUACCUCCUUACAAAGACAUUGAUUCUGUAAAAAGGUACUAUUCAAGUGGAAAACGAUUGCAUAUGCCCGCUGGCUGUCCAACUGAAGUUUAUAAACUAAUGCUUGAAUGUUGGGGGGAGAGUGGUGGAUCUAGAAAACAACCACAAGCGGUAAUGCGAGAUAUCAAUCAGAUUUUGUACCAAGUGUAUAAUUCGAGAAGAAUUCACGCUUACGAAACUGCAUUCCCUAAACUCUUCACUGACACCAGUUACAACGAGGUAGAGGGAGAGGGAGAGAUCGAUUCAUCUGACAGCGAAUCUCGGGCUAGUAGUCUAUUUACUGAUCGCACCAGCCUGGCCUGGGAUGAUGGUGACGAAGCAGAGGGUGAAUCAAGAGAAACUGAUCAAGAUGAUCAAGAGGAGUUAUCCACGUAUUUGAUUUGGUUGGCUAAGGAAGGAGGUGUAAAAAGCGGACCGUUGGGACAAAUGCAAGGCAUUUUUGAACUGGAUGCGGAUUGCAAUGUGAUACUCCAAGGACGUAUAGGACAAGGUUUUUACGGAGAAGUAUACAAAGGUUUGCUCGAAAGAGACAACAAAGACGCGGAGCCUCAGCAAGUUGCCGUAAAAAAGCUCAAGACUCAAGCUUUGGAAGCAGACUUACGGGACUUCGAAAGAGAAAUAUCAAUUAUGAAGACUCUGAAACAUCGGAAUGUUGUGGAAAUUCUAGGAGUUAUAUCAGAGCCAGAAGUUUGCCUGGUAAUGGAAUUUGUGAAGCAUGGUUCGUUGCAGAGUUACUUAGCGAUACACAGGGAGACCCUCACACAUAGGAAAUUGCUAGGCUUCGCCCUUGAUAUUGCAACAGGAAUGGAUUAUUUAGGCCGUAAAAGUAUUGUACACAGAGAUUUAGCAGCUAGAAAUAUUCUUGUUGCUAGUGAGGAUAGAGUAAAAAUUAGCGAUUUCGGAUUAGCGCAAGUAACUGGAAUAAACGAUUACUAUAUUCUGCAGACAAUUAGAAAUCUUCCCAUAAAAUGGUACGCGCCAGAGAGUUUGAAGGAUGGAAAGUUCUCGUCGAAGUCAGAUGUUUGGUCUUUCGGAGUGACGAUGUAUGAGACAUUCGGCCUUGGAGACGAGCCUCGAGUACCUGGGGUUGGGGAUGGUGGGAACUCUGAAGGUAGCACCGAACUAUUCGAGGCGCUAGAAAGAGGUUCUAGACUACCAUGCCCUCCCACUUGCCCGCAAGCUGUUUACGUUAAACUGAUGUAUCCCUGCUGGCAGUUUCAGAGUCACGAGCGACCUGAUUUUUUAACUCUCUGCAACGAUAUACAAGACUUGUUGACGCAAUACUGAGAUGCGCGGCAAAAAUGCUAGACCGUGAUUGCUGCCAUCCAUAAUUCGCACAUGACAAAAGGUGCCAUAAUUUUGUACAUAAUUUCUAUUCAUCAUACGAGGAUACGUCUCGCAUCCUGUGUGAAUUAUUAUUCUUAAAUCUCUUUGAUUAGAUUCAGGUGACGAAAA